AUGAAGAAGAUCGAAAAGGCACAGAAGAAGCUGCAGGCGGACCGACAGAAGGUCGCCAAGCUCACCCAGUCCAUCAUCGCCAUGCCGGGAACCGAGCCACUGCCCCCGCCCUUGGAGCCUCCCACGAAACGAAGGAAGAAAUCGAUAACGAAUGAGCUGGACCUGCCCGGAGGCACUUUGAAGCGCAAGGCCGCGGGGAGCGGCGUGGGGGCGAGAACGCCGGUCAAGAUCAACGCGGCCUCGGUGAGCCUGCGCACGGCACAGAAAGUGGAGGCCAUCCUCGGCGAGCUGGGAAUAGUGCCCAGCCUCACCGCUACGACGGCUACGGCCAAGGCCUACAAUGACCUGCGACAGGACAUCGUCAUUUUGCUGGACCUCCAGGGCCACCUCGAGAAGAAGGCACGCCACCACCAUCAUCUCUUCCUUUGUGAUCGAUGGCUGACGAUGGAGUUUGAGGUGUCGGUACUGGAGAAGCAGAAGAGAGACCUGCUGGCGCUGGACCUCCUGGCGGCGCACAGGGACAGCUUCGCCCAGGGGCGGCGAAAGCGGGCCAAGAAGCGGAAGCUGGACGAUGAUGCCGAGUACGAGCCCAGCGGUGACAUCGGCGGUGGUAACGGGCUCGCCACGUCAUCAACGAUGAACGGCGAGGGAUCGAUGGCCGGCGAAGAGGAGGACACGCCGUGGAAGAAGACAGUGGGGCGACGAGGUAGCAGCCGGCGCCUGAGCAGCAACGAACCAUCGACGCCGACCACCCCGGCACCUGCCACGCCGUCGACGCCCGCGGCGGCCAAGCCACGCCGGGGGAGGGGCCGACCAAGGUUGAUCAAGAAGGAGCUGGAAGCCGUGGCGGUGCCGGCAGCGGAGGAGGGCAGCAGCAGCACUACGGCCUUCGAUGACGACAUGAAGACGGAGGAGUAG